UAAUGUGCAGAUUGGCCUGGUCCGCAUUGGUUGUGGCGUUCGCAUUUGUAGACGCACGCGAGAUCAGCUUCCCUUCCCUCCCCGGGUUUAUCUCGGAUCAAGUGGUGAUGGACGUCAUCACUCAAGAUAUCCAUCAAGGCAGAUUUUCAGGCUUGACGACUUACGCAAACUUGCCGUAUGUUCAUUGUCUGGCUGUAGAUAGCGAAGAUGUCGAAAGGUUUGACAUUGCGAUUUUGGGCGCUCCGUUCGACACUGGAGUCACAGCCCGGCCCGGCGCCAGAUUCGGGCCGAGUGGCAUUCGGCGUGGGUCGUCUCGGAUAUCAGCCGGUGCAGCCUGGAGCAUAUAUACAGGGGAGAACAUCUUUAUCGACUGGGCAAAGAUCGUAGAUUGCGGAGAUGCUCCUUUGACUUUUCUCGAUAACACUGUUGCGUUAAAGCAGCUUGACAAGGCGCACAAGGGGAUCUCGGCAAGAAAGACCAACUCAAGCGAUUUCACUGUUCCACGGAUUGUGACACUUGGUGGAGACCACACUACGACACUGUCGGCUCUACGAUCCACACACAGCCAUUGGGGCCCAGUCAGUGUGAUACAUUUCGACUCUCAUAUAGAUACAUGGGACCCGAAAGUGCUAGGCGGAGGCAUCUCGCACUACGCAGGCGUCAAUCACGGAACAUUUCUACACAUUGCUCAUGAGGAAGGUCUUAUUCGCAACACGUCUAUCCAUGCGGGUAUCAGAGCUCCUGUUGUUCGUCCAAAAGGUGAUGUGCGCAACGACAUCAGAUGCGGGUUUGAGAUGGUGCGAGCACGGGAUAUUGACCGUCUGGGCAUCUCUGGCAUUGUCGAGCGUCUGAAGAAGCGAGUCGCUGGGACGAGAGUCUAUGUCAGUGUGGAUAUAGAUGUUCUAGAUCCAGCCUAUGCACCGGCCACCGGUACAGCUGAGGUUGGUGGAUGGACCACCCGCGAGCUGUUGUCCAUCCUUGACGGCCUGGAAGGGUUAGAGGUUGUGGGAGCUGACAUUGUCGAAGUCGCACCAGUCUACGAUACUGCGGGUGAGACGACGGUGUUGGCUGCGGCAGAGGUGGUGCUUUCACUGCUCACGUUGAUGGUCAACAAGCCCGUGCAAGCUGACGCGUAGACACGAAACUGCGUGGCACAGUUGCAGUCUUUGAGUUCAGACCAGCUUGAGUAGAAAUUAGGAGUCAAUGUUCAAUACAAUAAUAUAUCGGCGC